CAUGUUGCUACGAUGUUUUGAUUCAUCAAUCGAGUGCACAGGUAAAGUCCUCAUUCUGCAAUGUGUAUUGCCCGGGUACAGUAGCAGGUAUCGGGGUGGAGGAAAGCUAGAAAACAAUGGAUAUCUCUAAUUAGGCAAAUUGUGGAUGUAUGCAGUUUUACAAACUUGCAGUAGAAUCGGCUCUAUUCAUCUAUGAUAAGAUUUAGCGGUUCUCCGACAAACAAGCUUGGACCUAUCACCUUGAUCAUAAAGCACAGGUGAAAAAGGUAUAGCGGGAGACAGCUAGUCGUGAGCAGUUUUUACCGGAGCUCAAAGUAACCCACAGGUAUUUAACCUACAAUUGCUGUAAGCAAAGUUACACCCCCACCGCCAAGACGAAGUUCCCACAAGCAUACACAGUCCAGCGGCAGCAGCAGCUGACUGCCAAGAUGCCGGCCAACAAGCGAGACACACUGGCCGUCAAGUUCAGGCAGAACUGGAUGAACAAGUACCCACUUGACACCUGCAGCAAUGGGGGACUCAAUCUGGAUGACAGCCUUACCAGUCUCAACUGGCUACAGAACCUAAACAUCAUGAAGAUCACAACACCAACCCCACCGCCAAGUCCUGGUCCCGCCCCCAUAUUGAUGGCAGAGAGCAGCAACAACAGCAACAAUUUCAAAAAUCUAAAAGUAAACCCCAAUGCUGUGCUCAAUGUCUCCUGUGCCCCUCCACAGUGCAAGCUAGAGACCAAGUUUCACCUGGCAGACCCCACCCCAGGCACGCCCACCUCCCUUGGUGGGGACACAAUCGACUACAAGACUAACCCUUAUGUAAAGCCACCAUACUCCUAUGCCACACUCAUUUGCAUGGCCAUGAAAGAAACCAAGAAAAGCAAAAUCACAUUGUCAGCAAUUUACAACUGGAUCACAGACAACUUUAUGUACUACAGAUUAGCAGACCCAAGUUGGCAGAAUUCUAUCCGCCACAACUUGUCCUUGAACAAAUGUUUCCAGAAAGUACCACGAAGAAAGGAUGAGCCUGGAAAGGGUGGUUUCUGGAGAAUCAACCCAGAUUACAAUGACAUGAUCGAAAAUGGCAUUUUCAAAAAACGAAGGAACAGUCGGGAUGCUGCUUGUCCUCCUCCUCUUAAAAAAGUGAAGCGAGAGGAUGACGACAGCAUGUCUAGUUGCAACAGUCUCAUCAACUUCAGUAAAUUUUCCAAAAAUGGUGGUCAAAAUGGACUCAGUGUUCUGUUUCCUGGUCAGGAGGAUGAUUCACUGAAAGGAGAUUUCAACUGGACCUCUAUAUUGAAUCAAGAUAUUGAGAUUGGCGGUGUACGGGUAAAAACGGAGGAUUUAUUAGACAACACAAGUGAGCAGGAUCUCAGUCCGUCAGCAGCAAUGAGUCCUCCCUCAUCAGAGGCCAACUCGGACGAUUUCAGUAUAGAGGACUUGUUCGGUCAAGCUGACCUUAGUUCGGACGUUCCACUUGACUUUACUACAGAAAAUCCCUUGGAUCUUACAGUAACAGGACAACCUAUCAAAGCUCCUCAGUGGUGGGAGGAGAGUUUUAACCUCAGUGAUCACCAGGGGGCAUUAAAAGCAGCAGCUGAAGCUAGUAGUGGCCUUCACACGCCCAUCCACUCCACCCCCUCCCCAGUCACAAUCAAGGACGAUUUGGACGAUGAGUUGGCACACCCAUGGGCAGAGACGGGGGGUUUUGCGGACAUCGGGGAGGCCUUUGAUGUAGACAAUUUAUUUGACAUUGGAAAUAUUCCUAGUCCCCGUGUCAACUAUCAGGAAUGACAUUUAGAUUAAACUUUAAACUGGCCAGAUUUGGGACAUUUUAGUGCAUAUUUGCCCACAGUCUCCUCAUUAUGGGAAAAAUGGAGUAAAUAUGUCAUGUAAUAAAUUCUUUGACCUGAGCAACCGAGUGUUGGUCAGGUCACACUGAGGCAGUUCUGUGAUAUACCUGUGUGUUUUACGAGUUGAGCGAGCUAGAUAUAAUAACCUUGAAAAGGACUUUGUUGACACUGUGUGUUUGUAGCCUGCAAAGUGUGAACAUUAUUUAAUUGAUAUUCUUUCAUAUUUUGAAAGGUCUUUAUAAAAGAUGGAACGAAAGCGUUUUCAUUUUCAACUUACUGGUAUGUACAUCAAAUGGAAAUGAAAACUGCCUUUUCUGGGGGUAAGUUACUAGUAAAUGGGGAAAUGGUCAGUAUUUUGGUGAAAAAGCUGUCAUUCCAAGUAAAGAAUAUUCAUCCGUUCUAGUGAUUGAGCCAUCCCAGGUACUUGGUGCUGUACAUUCAUAAUGCAUAAUUGUUUCACACAUGGUAGAGCGUAAUGGGUGGUGAGGGAACUGAGUGUGAGAAUGGAUGGCUGUGUAUUUAUUGUACGUGUGGCAAGUGUGAAACGUGUGUACUCUGUCACCCCUCACGGUAGAAUGCUUGUGUGUGGUAAUUUAUUUCUUUAUCAAUGCAUCCAAUACUAUUUAUUCACCUCUCACCUCUAUAAGUGCUAUAUAUGUGUAACACUGGUUUAUAUAUAUAUGUGUUUGUUUUUGAAAGGUUAUUCUCAAGUUUCAUUGUAACAAAGUCAUGUGUAUAUGGAAAAAAUAAGUUAAAAUUUUCAAUGAAGAAAUCGAAAAAAAUAAAGAUAAUCAAUAAUAUAAACUAAAACAAAAAACUUUUCUUUGCUAGUGUUUAGUGACAGGUGAAUUUUUAGGUAAUAAUUACAUCCAUGUUGCCAGUAUUAUUGUUGUCAAACAGUAUUGAUUAGUUGUUACCUGUAAUCAUGAUCUAUAAAUUGUAUAUGUGGAAAGUUAUAAUUCCGUCCCAUUGUUAUGUUAAAUUUGCAAAAUGAAGAUAUAUUUGUUUACUUUUGGAAGUUAAUUCUUUUCUGAAUUCGUCCAAUAUGCCCUUAUCAGGAAUCCGUCCAAGUUUCUUUCCUUUGACAGGACAAUUGUGAUGAAUUCAUAAUUUUUUGAAGAAUAUAUUUUUAAGACAUGUUUACAUAAAUUUGUGUACAUUUUGAGUAUGAAAUACCUUUACAAAUUUCAUUCAGUCUAAUUGUCUUGGUUUACCCUAGCAGACCAUAAUGAACUACCCCAUGUCACAUCCAUUUUGGAGUAUGGGAGUGGACAAGGUUGCAAUAGACUGGGUUUUGAUUGACUGAUAAAAAGAAAUUGAUUACACUGCCAGUCUUCAUAAAUAAUAUUGUAAAAUGUGUGUGACAUAUUUUGAGUCAAAGAGGAGUAAUAAGUCCCUCGUGUACAUACAUGUAUAUUUAUAACGUUCGUGAACUUAAUCUGGUGUGGACACCUACUUCAUUGAUCAGCUGUGAUAAUUGCUGUUGCACUCUCAUUGUCCAUCAUUAGUCUCAUGUUUGAAAUAUAGCUCUUGUCUGUGGUCUCAGGAUGAAAUAAGGGAUGUAUGAAAAAGUCGAACACAAUAAUAUUAAGUUUCUUUUAUUUUUUUCCAAAAGGUUUUUAGUUUUUAUUUAAAACAGGUUUAAAGAUUUUUUUAAAAUCAAAAUUUGAAAGUGAAAUUGGUAAUAAAAUCAAAGUAGUCUGUACUAUUUUUUACUCCCUAUCUAUACCACUGGUACCAGUCUGGACACCGUGUCCACUGUGGUACUUGGGGGGAUUAGGUCAUUAGUGUUACAGCCCUCUCCUAGACUAACAGACAAGAGGUUGCUGGACAGUCCAGAAUACCCUCAGUAUUCCAACAUUACUCACUCAUGUCACCUGUCAUCAUUCAGCCAUCUGUGUUUACAAGUUGGUCGCUGCACUUCAGGGUUGUAUUGAACUGUUCGUAUUUAUUGAAGAAGUGAACAAAAAAUAAAAAAAAGUUUUGCAAAGACAAUA